CAAAAGUUACAGUUGUUUACACCCAAGCAACCCACCUUCCAUAUUCACGCGGCGCUCAUUUGCUUGGUGCUGCUUUGUGAAUGGAGGAUGCGCUUCCUCUCAGGUCAAACCUGCUCGAGGUAGAGCAUGAGGUGCAUGCGGCUCGGGAGGUGGAAGCCUCGAAUCAAGGCCUAGAGCUAGAGUCGACCUGCCAACCAGCUGAGAUUUCCAGGCCAUGGUCUUUGAAGCGGAGCCUUCCUAGCACCAUUUGCCUUAUCAUGAUCGGGACUGUGAAGGCGGUCUGCGGUUGUGUUGGAAAGUGGUGCGUCAUGCUUUUUCGAAAGUCUUCGCAGAGGCCUCAGGCAUCACCACCGCUGCCGCUGGUUUUACCACCGCAAAUCAGCCAUCACCCAGGCGAAGCCGGGGAUGCACUUGAGGAUCGCCCAAAAGCCUCUCAGAUUCAGGUUCAAGUGGACCUGGAGAAGAUCCCGCACAGUGAGCCUCACGAUGCAGAGGUACAAGCUGGCAUCAAAGUCGCUGGAUUCUAUUUGAACGACUGGCAACUGCCACCUGGGUUGGGUGACAGAGACCUCGAUGCUCUUGUCUCAGAGGUUCAUGAAGAGUGCUCAGCCAUCGGCCUCAUCUCUCACCAGCAAGCGUUGCGUUUAACCUUGGGCAUGGGCUACAGCAAAGAAUCUGCAGUUGCCAAAUGGCGAGAGGUAGUGGCAUGGCGAAAUGCUGGAGAGUUAAAUCUCCUUCGUUCUCGGCUGGAUGAUUUGAUGUGCAGUGAUGCUACGGUGUCCUUCGCAAAUGACAGGGAGGUGUACAACAAGCUCUUCAGGGGCUGUCCUUGCGCCCUUCUGACAGCUGAUGACCGUCCUGUGUCUGUGUGGCACGCUCAAGCUCCGAAAGGAUCCGGGCAGGUGACAUCUUUGGACCUCGAGGACUUGAACGCCUGGAGCCGCGAGGUCUUUGAGUAUGCCGACCUGUGGGUCACAAAAGACACGGAAAGAACAGGGAGGCUGACAGGCUACAUCCAAGUCUACAAUAUGCAAGGUCUUAGCUUGAGACAAGUCUCCUCAAAGGAAGUGACGGAGAGACUGAAAGGAGCAUUGUCUGCUGGGGGCUUUUACGUUGAAGCCGUUGCUCACAUUUAUGUCAUCAAUGCAUCUCGCUUGUUCUCGAUGGCAUGGAAACUUGUUCGUGGCUUUCUCUCUCCUUGGACUGCGUCCAAAAUCACUGUCUCAAGUGAAGUGCCUGAUGAACUCUUAGCAGAGCUUGGUGGAUCUGGGUCCCCAUCUGCAUUGCACCUGGAAAGGCUGCUGGUCGCAGCUGCAGAUGUGAAUGGUCCCUCAAUCUUGGCUCCGGUGCUGCGACCUACGCGCUCCUUGUCUCCUCGUCGGAGCUCCGAAGAGAGUGUUUACACAGGAGCAUCCACGGCCACUUGCUCCACCCGAGCGUCCACUCGAGCUCAUGGCGUUGGAUCCUGUGAACCCACAGCUGAAGAGAUGCUCUAUGAGGAAAUGCCAGAGAUGCCAGAGGGUUCCAGAUGGGUGGCCGGAUUUCUCCUAAGGCCCGAACAACUUCCACCAGGCAUCGAGGACCGAGACCUUGAUGCUUUGGUUGAUGAGGUCCAUGCCAAAUGCGGUGCAAUUUUGCCCACUUCGAAGCAACAAGCUUUGAGGUUAGUCCUUGGCAUGGGCUAUAGCUCUGAAGCGGCGGUUGCCAAAUGGCAAGAGAUCGUUGAAUGGAGAGCAUUUGUUGGCAUGGACUUGAUUCGCCAAGAGCAGGCAGAUGCAGUUCUUGCUGACGGUCCCGUGCGCUUCCCAGGCACAGCAGAGGUUCAUGACAAGCUCAUUUGCACCAGCCCUUGUGCUUUUUUGUCCAUCGAUGGUUCCCCAAUUUCCAUUUGGCAUGCUGGCACAAUGAACACGAGGGACGCGGGGGCAUUGUCCAUUGAGCAGAUUUCCCAAUGGAGCAGGGCCGUUUUUGAGUAUAAAGAUGCAUGGAUUUGUCAACAGAGUGAAAAGACCAAAAGACUGGUCGGUUACGUGCAAGUAUAUGACAUGAGAGGGAUGAAUUGGCGGCACUACUCUUCGCGAGAACUGGUUGACAAGCUCAAGGCGGCCUUGCAAACUGGCGGCUUUUAUGUUGAGGCAGUGAGUCAUAUGUUCGUCAUCAACGCCUCGACCCUUUUCUCCGCAACAUGGAAGGUCGUCCGGAACUUGAUCUCGCCAUGGACAGCCUCGAAGAUCUCUGUGUCCAGUGGUGUUCCGGAUGAACUGAUCCACUUACUAGGUGGGCCAACCUCCGAUGCAGCAUUGAAGUUCCAGGACCUCCAAAGGAGGACUCCUCUGGAAGCUGCCCAGUGCACUUCUGUGCUGCGGCCGACCUGGCAGGCAGCGCCAUCCUCAUCCCCUCAGGGACGGAGUUCGAUUGUGAGCGAAUUCUCGCAAGAGUCGGUGUUCAGCCCAUGUGGUAGUCGCGAGACACCGCAGGGCAUGAGACGGAUCGCUGGCUUUCUCCUUGCAGAGGAGCAGCUCCCCAAGGAGCAGCUCUCCAGGGAUUGGGACUCGUCAGUCGCCGAGGUCAAGGAGCUUUGUUCUCAGCUGUCGCCCUGCACCACGCAACAGGCAUUGAGACUACUGUUGGGGAUGGGCGAUCGAAAGGGAGCUGUAGAGAAGUGGAAGGAGAUUGUCGCUUGGCGAGUUGCCAACCGUAUUGAGGAUGUGAGGAGAGAGCAGUCAGAUCAUCUCGAAAGAGGUAGUACAGACAAUCAUUUCCCCAACUCCUUGGAUGUUUGCAACAAGCUCAUCAGAGUCGAACCAUGUGUCCUUCGAGCGGCCGAUGGCUCCCCCGUUUCGAUUUGGUACGGUGGCAGCCUAGAAACGGAGGCAACCAACCUCACUUUAGCUCAGAUCACCGCUUGGAGCCACGCAGUGUUCGAGUACAAGGAUUUGUGGAUAUCGCAGCAGAGUGAAGGGAAGAAGACUUUGAUGGGAUAUAUUCAGGUCUAUGAUAUGCAAGGCGUGAGCCUACGACUGCUGUCUCAGGCAUUUUCUAAGGAUGUUAUGGAGAAGAUGAAGCGUGCAUUGGACGCGGGCAGCUACUACAUGGAAGCUGUCUCUCACAUGUAUGUGAUCAACGCAUCCACGCUUUUUUCCAUGGCUUGGAAGGUCGUUCGUCAGUUUAUCCCUCCACGAACUGCAUCAAAGAUUAGCGUUUCCAAAGACAUACCAGAGGAGCUUGGCUGCAGGCGAAAGUCCGAAAGGAAAGGCGACAUGUUUGACAAACGUUAUGAAAUCGAUCUUUUCUUGCACUUGUUGUUCAACUCCAGUUGUUCCACACCUAUUGUAUGACCGAGCGCCUGGUGUGACGGCGUGCGUGGCUGAGGAAUUGGUGCGGGCCCUUGGCGGCUCUCAAUCAGAAGCUCUAAAGUCUCUUAAAGAGAUGCUGUCAACUGGAAGGGGCCACACUUUAGGGCCGGUGCUUCGUCCUCAUGACUGUCCGGGUCUGAGUGGAUGAAAGGCCCCUAAGCUGCCGUGACCGCUGGCAGCUGAAGAUUCCCAAUUGUCAUAACAUGUGUUGGGGAUGUUGGGGGGCCCAUCAAGCGAUCAAAGGCACAGUAGUGACUCAGGAGUGUAUUGAAACUGAACAAAUUUGAAAGGCCUAAUUUUUUGCGAGAUCUGGGGAUCCCAGCAAGACUCUUGGUCUUUGGGGCCAGCCACGAAGCCUACUGCAACCCAACGAAUCAAACUAAGUGAGACAUGGAUGGAAAGCUUUGUGCGUUUUUUCCCUUUGGAAGUGGCACUUAGAUGCCCUUGGAAGAAGGCGCUUCGUGCGACUCAAGCUUAGCAACAUUGCUUUCAAUUGUUCAAAUUAUUCGUUCCCUGCAUUUCCCUGCAUCGUGCGCUGGCACAAAGCACGAUGUUGGUGCAUGAUGUAUUAGAUGCUGACUGUUGUGCGGCUGGAUCUGCAUGAAGGAGCUGCAUCAUCAGCAGGAGCUUGUCCCCCUGUUGGGCUGAACUUGCAGACUCCUGGGCGGUCAAAAGCUCAGGAAGGUCAUAUUGGGUACUUGCUUUUUAAAGGUUCGGAAGAUAAACUUUGCGUGGCGUCCUCAUGAAGCCGGUGUGUGUGAUUUGGGCUUGUUGGGGUGCAAGAGAGCCCGGGACUGUGGAUGCAUCACACGCUGCUUCACGGCCAACCGUAGUGAUGUGUAGUGCCAUGCGUAACCCCUCUUGAGGCAGUUGGCACGUUAAAGCAAAGCUUUGGGCCACAACUGUGGAAGCCUUGAACAUCCUUUCUUCGGAACUCGCACGAUUUUCUUUCAUAGACCAUGGAUGGAGUUGAAGGCAGCAAAAA